CGCCUCCGGAGGGAGGUGGGGCGGAUUCGGGUCGUCCGCGCUGCAGCCGCGUCGCGGGAGCGGAGCCGGCGCGGGGAAGAUGCUGCAGGUGCCAGCCGUGCUGUGCGUGUGCGCGGCCGCGUGGUGCGCUCAGGCUGUCGCCGCGCUGGCUGCGGCCGGGGGGCGGGCGGACGGCGCUAAUUUUCUGGACGAUCGGCAGUGGCUCACGACGGUCUCGCAGUACGACCGGGAAGUCGGGCAGUGGAACAAAUUCCGAGACGAAGUAGAGGAUGAUUAUUUCCGCACUUGGAGUCCAGGAAAGCCCUUCCAUCAGGCUUUAGAUCCAGCUAAAGAUCCGUGCUUAAAGAUGAAAUGUAGCCGUCAUAAAGUGUGCAUCGCUCAAGACCCCCAGACCGCAGUCUGCGUUAGUCACCGGAGGCUGACGCACAGCAUGAAAGAAGCAGGAGUGGGCCAUAAGCAACGGAGGGGUCCCCUGUCCUCCGCCUGCAAGCACUGCCCGGCAGUCUACACCAGCCCCGUCUGUGGCUCGGACGGCCACACCUACUCCUCCCAGUGCAAACUGGAGUAUCAGGCGUGUGUCUUGGGAAAGCAGAUCUCAGUCAAAUGCGAAGGGCACUGCCCAUGUCCCUCAGACAAGCCCACCAGUACGAGCAGAAACGUUAAGAGAGCGUGCAGUGACCUGGAGUUCCGGGAAGUGGCAAACAGGCUGCGGGACUGGUUCAAGGCCCUUCAUGAAAGUGGAAGCCAAAGCAAGAAGGCAAAAGCAUUACUGUGGCCGGAGAGAAGCAGGUUUGAUACCAGCAUCUUGCCAAUUUGCAAGGAUUCCCUGGGCUGGAUGUUUAACAGACUCGACACCAACUACGACCUGCUGCUGGACCAGUCGGAGCUGGGCAGCAUCUACCUGGACAAGAACGAGCAGUGCACCAGGGCCUUCUUCAACUCCUGCGACACGUACAAGGACGGCUUGGUGUCCAACAACGAGUGGUGUUACUGCUUCCAGAGGCAGCAAGACCCGCCUUGUCACACGGAGCUGGGCAGCAUCCGGAAGCGGCAGGGGGAGCGGCAGCUCCCAGGGCAGUACGUCCCCCUGUGUGACGGUGACGGCUACUACAAGCCCACGCAGUGCCACGGCAGUGUCGGGCAGUGCUGGUGUGUCGACAGAUACGGCAACGAAGUCGUGGGCUCCAGGAUCAACGGGGUCGCGGACUGUGCUAUCGAUCUUGAGAUCUCUGGAGAUUUUGCCAGUGGCGAUUUCCAUGGAUGGACGGAUGAUGAGGAUGCUGAAGACGAUCUUAUGAACGAUGAAGAUGAAAUUGAAGAUGAUGAUGAGGAUGAAGGGGACGAUGAUGAUGGUGGUGACGACCAUGAUGGGUACAUUUGAUCGAUGGCA